ACCUAUUUUAAACUGGUCCAAACAACCCCUUUAUCUCAUUUAAAUUCCACCAUAAAUUCUAGGGGAAACAAAUUGCCCCCAAACUUUUUGUGGCAGUGCAAGUUAUUGCAAUAUAUUUAAAUAGCCAAGUUCCAUAAUUUUGCAAAGCCAUUUGGUGGCUUAUGUAAACGCUAAUAGCGUCUAUUAAAAGAAAACAGAAAAGAAUGUAAAAGGAAAAGAAGGAAGCUUUUAAAAAGAAAUAGGCCCAUGUGGGACUGGGAGGCCCAACCCACCACACCUCCUCUCCCUCCUCACGCUACAGGAGACAGGGAGAGGGUGUGGCGGCCACCCGCGGCCGUGACCGCUCCUCGGCAACGUGCCGUCCAUCCCCAGGCCCCCCUCUCGGAUAAGAGCAACCCCAGCCGCCCCUCUCUCCCCUGGAAAAACCCUAGCCCCAUCUUCCUUCCCCCCCGCGCCUUUGCUUCCUCCCCGCGACAAGCCGAGCCGCCGUCGCCAUUGUCUUCGUCGUCUGCGUGCUUCCCGACGACCCCGAGCCCCGCUAGCUUAUCCAGGAGGUCGGCGACGCUCCUCUCCUUCCACUACGGGGACGCGCUCGAGCUCGGAGCACCUACAUCGAAUGGAUCGCGCGGCCUUCGACCUCGGGACCCGACUUCGUUCGUCGUCCGCCGUCGAUUCCCGCCACUCCGGUCCACCUCCGACCUCCCCGACCUCGCCAUCGAGCUCGCUACCCCGAGACCGCUGCUGAUGUCCCUGUGAUUGACUACGUCACCGACGACCCUUCUUCCCUUUCAGCGGAGCUUCCAG